AUGAAGGAAGAGGAGGCUAAAUUCCGAAAGUGGAAAACGAAAGCCGAUCAUGAGAUGAUGCAAAUGAAAAGUCGGGAGCGGAAACGUGAAUUCGAAACAGCUCGUGCUCAACGAAUGUCCGCUCAACAGCUCGCUGUUUACCGACGUAAAUACGAAGAGGCAAUCGCCUGCAAUCGUCGCCUUCAGCAACAACUCGUCAAAAGUUCAUCUUCGAAACGCAAUGAUAAAAAAAUGAGCAGCGAAUUGAUUAACUAUUUGGAUAACGAACUUCGUAUGGCCAUCUGGACAGCAGAGGCACGUUGGCAUUGUGAUGUGCUCAUCGAGCAACGAAAAACGCUCUCGGAACAACUCAAAAAGAAGAAGGAACAUCUCAGUCGUCUCAAUAAGGAACCACCAAAAAAGAAGCAUGUCGGCAGCGAUCGCACAGGCUCUGAUAACAAUUCUGAAUUGCGUCAACUCGAGCGCGAAAUUGCGGGUCUGCAGCAGGAGAUUUCCUCUUACAAUAUCGAAAUCCAUGAUGCGCAAGCGGAUUGCAUGAAAGCAGACGAACGUGAAGAUCAGCGUUGGUUAGGCAUUGAUUCAACAGUGAAUAUCAAAAGCGUUCUCAAGCAUCUUUUUGAGGCGGCAGUCAAUCAACGAAAAAUGGCACUCGAAAAGGAGCAAGAAAUGGACGAUGCGAAGCGAUUGCUCCAAGAGGAAAACAAAGUGAAGGAGGAACAAAUAAAAGAAUUGAAAUCAAAUUUAAAACACGAACAGAACACCAUCAAAACAAUUCAGGAACGUUUAACACGAAGAGAAUUGGAUUUCGAUGAGACGACAAUGAAUAUAAUCAAUAUGUAUGAUGCGGAUGAGAAUACGGUGAAUGUUGACGUGCUGAAACGUUUGGAACGAGUUAUGAAUAGUAUGAAUCGAAUUAGCGAACUCCAAGAAAGUGUCACUGCUAAAGAAGAACAAAUAAAGGAGGAACACGUGGAUGAGGACGACAGCGAUAUGGAUAUUUCGGUAUCAUUUACUGACGAUUCGAGCGAUGUUACCUAUGUUCCACCCGGACCUUCGAGGCGUACAAGUAAGAGACCAACAAAAAGAUCAAUUGAAGAGUUAGGGACAGAUGGUAUGAACGCCACAUUUGUUAUCGAUUCGAAUGUACCGGGCGAGUCGAAGGCGAAUAAUUGUCCAGAGAGAGAUAAUGAUGGUGCGAACCAUAAGGAGAAUAUAGAACUAGUGGAACCAAUAACUUCGUCCAGCAAGAAUGCUCCACGAAAGUCCACUGAAGACUGUGGAAUUCCGCAGACAGUUCUAACAACCAAUCCUGCAAAACUGAAAGCAAGGAAGAAGAGACGACCGGGGAAAGCGCUUUCGAAGGAACCUGAUGACUUGGCUAAAACGGUCCAUGAAAUAUUUGCCAAAUUAACCUGA